UGCCUGAAGGGCCGGCGAAGGUCGUCGUCGCCUGUGCUCGUCGUCGUGGUGGUGCGUGUGUGAGUGCCUUGGAUUACGCUGCCCGCGCCGACCGUGCCCGUGCGGUUCUGCGCGCGCUGAUCGGCGCCUCUGUAUGGUUCGGCGGGACUCCCCCACGCUGCCUGGUCGAGCAGGGACCCCCGGCCUGGCGCCCGAGUCAGCGUUCGCCAUGAGCUCCAAGGAGGCGGCGUGCGCUCCGAUCCAGCUGGAGCCGGUGGACCUCUCGCUGAACAGCCGGAGCAGGUCGUCGGCGGCCUCCUCCGGCCGGGGGCUGCCGCUGGACGAGCAGCCAACGCCGCCUUCGUCGCCGCCUUCCUCGCCACCGUCGCCGGACCUCAACAAUGAUCUGGCACUGGCCCUGUACACCUCGGCGGCGGCGGCGCGGAGGUUGGAGGCCCCCAGCGACCUGCCCCGAACGUCACCUACGUUGGCCGGCAGCCUACCGGAGGAGAUCCUGGCUUGCCGGACGGGCGCCAUCCUGCAAAGCAUCAAGGAGGCAUCCCUAGCGCUGCAGCAGCAGCAGCCGCCGUCGCAGGCACUGAGCAAUGGCGCGGUGUCAUCGAGGCUGUGCUGGCCGCCGUCGUCCGCCGCGGUUGCCGCGGACUCGGACUCGCUGCGGCGCCGCAAGGUGCACAAGUGCGACUUCGAGGGCUGCCAGAAGGUCUACACCAAGAGCUCCCACCUCAAGGCGCACAAGCGCACGCACACAGGCGAGAAGCCGUACACGUGCACGUGGGAGGGCUGCACGUGGAAGUUCGCGCGGUCGGACGAGCUGACGCGCCACUUCCGCAAGCACACGGGCCAGAAGCCGUUCAAGUGCCAGCUGUGCCAGCGCUCCUUCUCGCGCUCCGACCACCUGUCGCUGCACAUGAAGCGGCACUGACCCUCCAUCAGAACUCGCCGGCUCCAGCGGAGGCCGUUGUCGCCACUUGCUCAACUUCCCUGGCGCCCCGACCCGCUGCUGCCGGCAGCGCCCCCUACCUCCGCAGCCGAGAGAAGAGAGCCGUUCCUAAUAUAUAUGUCCACACCAGACACACAAGCAUAUGUAUAUUACACAUGAUAGGAGAAAGAGAAGAAGAAGACGCCGUUGAGCGCGGCCUCAGUGGGCGGCGGAGACCGCCUCCGCGGACGUUUGACGGACCUCUACUUCUUUUUUUAACGGAUGUUUAUGCCCCCACGCCUGUGGUCAGUGUGCUCAAAGGGACGCCCCGGUGCCCAGACAGUGCGCGUGUGUGUGUGUGCCCGCCAACUGAACUCUGCUGUGCGCGUGAACCGCCUCGGCCAUCAUCGAGCGAUGCAUGCGCACCACACACAUACACACACACACACACUUUUCUGUACACACACAUACACUUCUUACGCCUGCGUUGCCGGCUCGACAAAACCGCCCGGUGCUGACACGCAGCCUUCUUUUCGUACAGUCACGGUUUUCGUUCGCUCCCCUUUGUUCUUUGUCGGGUGGAUGUGUGUGACGCUGUCCGAGGUAUUCCGCGUGGUGAAAUCGAGCGGUUCUGUAAGGCUGGCCUUGCUCGCAGUGACGCGAACGUCGUUUUGGUACCUGUCCGUUUGCAUUCGCGCUGUGACCAAGCGGAGGCGCCCACUGUUUGUGGAACGGUUGUACCGCUGCGGUGUGCUAAAAUAUGGCCUUGAUUCGUGCUCGUCGGCGGGGAAUGCGAGAUGGUAGCAGAGCUGCAGCGUACGACGAAAAUAUGGGCCGGCGGCCGCAUAGCGCUCCUCGGAGUCUUUAGGCCCUCGUCCGUUUCCCCUUCAAACACUACAGGGUGCUCUAGCAUGCCGCUGCUGCUGCACUACUGUUACUGCUACCGUCUGGGCCACCUGCCAGCUUCGCACGUGCUAGCUAAGCCACGCCGUGUGUGUUUGCGACGUGGCUUAAUUAGCAGGUGCAAAGCUGACAGGCGGCCUAGGUGAGCUGCGGCAUGCUAAAACUUCCUAUUGUUACGAAACAUUUAAAGAGUGCACCGCCGUCUUGCUGCAACCUUUAAAAAGGGUGCAGCAAGACACCGUGGUGAGCGCCGUCAUUUUCCGUUGAAUAUUCUUGUUGCUGGCGCCUGUUCGCGUUUGUUCUUCGUGUCACUGCCGUGUGGAAGAAAGCCGCCCUACGCCGGCGAGCUGCGUUGAAGGCGAUUGAACGCGCAAUCAAAGCCUCGUGCUCGCUUAUAGUAGCGGCAGUACUUAGUCUCUGUGAUGCAUCCUCUGCGGCCCUGCGGUUCACCCGGUCCCGCCAGCAAGCGUCCGUCCAAUCAAGGCGCAGCCUUCCGUGCUUGCUGUACUCGCCACGUCCGUUGCGCAGGCUUCAGCUUGACGUUAAUGUCCGCCAGUAUUCGACUAACGCAGCCUGCUGUAGCCCUCUCUCUGUUCGAACUGUUCAAACUGGGGUCGCUGAGGAACCAGUGGCUGGCGCAGGGGCCUGGCUUGCGAGUUAGUACAGCGACGAAACUCGCUUGCCUUCGCAUUUCCCAUUGUUCCCCUGUGGGUAGAGCCUGGACCUUUGUAAGCUCGCGACGAGCUGUUAAAUGCUCACCUUUAGCUUUUGGUGCAAGCGGCCACCUGACGGUUACCCGACCGCGACCUUUUCUUGUUCGCUGUAUAGCUUUUUUGUGCUUGAAAAAUGGCGUGCAUUCCGUAUCGACAGCGCCACCUUUCUGUGACCGCGCGAAACGACCGUAGCCGUGCUAAUUUAGGGCGUCUGAUCUGUACUUUAGAGACAACGUGAGUGGCUGCUUUGAACCCGGAAGCUGUUGUGGCUAUUGAAGGUGCUGCGGAAAAAGAGAAAAAAAAAAAAUGGUUCUUAAAGUUCUUGUUAAUGCCAUUUGAAGACAGCUGAAGGGCAGUUGUUGAGACCGUAUAGGAAAUCGUUUCACGUUGUGCAGGCUUCCUUUUUCCAGCUUGCUUGCGCGACCACAAAUUCGUGCGAAGGCGUCUCGCGUGCCGAACCCUAUAGUAGUAGCACCGGGACCAGCUGACACACUAGACGCCUCGAAACCUGCCCCGUGGCCUCCGAAAUCCUCAGCGCGCGCUAGGCAUCUCUGAGGUGAUGCCUACCGACACGCAGUGCCGGCGCGAACGAUAUGGUGGCACCUUCAAAGACAACAGCUGCACAUUGACUCUCAACUUGGCUCCCGUGGAUUGUAUGGCGCGCGUACGGGCACUGGUAGAAAUUUGUUAAGUCCACUUGCCGCUGCGAUGCGAGAGCGCGCUUUGGCGGCACGUCGGUGCAUACGUCUCCCACCUUCCACAAGGUGGUCGCGGAAGUAGCCUGGAUCAUGCCACUUUCGCACGUGGUAUGAUCGAGAAAGUGAAUCUGGCAAUGGGGGGAGGGGCCAUCAUUAUUUUUCGAACCCGACCUACUCCGUUGCUUCUAGACCCACUAGGCUCCUGGACGUUUGCUGCCUUGGGCACAUCCAGUGAUCGAUGGUUGCCGUCUGAAGUCUAACGAAAAGUUCAGUCGCGUCGUCAGAUGUCUGCAGAGCCGAGCUAUACGCGUGAAAGAAGCAGCAGCAUGUGGUGUUAGCGUCGGUGACCGCCGUUAUAAAUUCAUUCUUCAAAAGCGUUUUCUCGCCACUCAUCAUGUCUCGCAAAGUCACGACAUUUCUCAUCCAAUUUGAGCCGCAUGCUUGUUCGUGAUGACAGCUCCAUAA